AUGAAUACAGCCAUAGUUGCUGUGUCAUAUGAUGAUAUAAAUCUGAGGCUGUUAUCUUUCCUCCUUUCUAUUUAUUACUCUCUUUUGUCUUUUCUCUCUCCUCUUGUUUCUCUAUUUUCCUUCUUUUUCCUCUCUCUCCCUCUCUUCUUUCUUUGUUUUUUUUUUCUUUCUGUUAUCUUUCUCCUUUUACCUGUCUCGUUUCAUUCUUUAUCACUCUCUUCUCUGUCUCCGUUUCUUUCUCUGCCUCGCUAUCUACCCUCUCUCUCUCUCUCUCUCUCUCUUUGUGUCUUCCUUUUUCUCUUGUCUCUCUCUUAUUUCUUUAUGCUUUUGUCCUCAUCGCCUUCUCCUCACUUUUCCAGCACUCUUUUCAUUCUCUUCCCCUCUUUCUCUGCCUCUUCUAUAUCUUUCUCUCUCCUCUCCCUUCUUUCUUUCUUUCUUUUUUUUUCUUUGUUUCUUUCUAUUUAUAAACUUCAUAUUUCAUUCAUUCUCUAUUUUUUUCUAAACCUUCCUCUUUUUUUCUCUUUCUCUUUCUCUCUCUUUCUCUCUAUUCUGUUUCUUUUUCUUUUUUUUUCUCUCAUUUUUUCUCUUCAUUUAUCUCUUUUCCAUUCUUCUUCAGUCUCUUUCUGUCUAUAUUUGUCUCGGUCUUCUUCUUUUCAUUUUUUCCUCUAUUUUUCUUUAUUUUUGUUUCCCUCUGGAUUUCUUGUCUGUUUUGUCUUCCAUUUCUCUCUUUCUCUUUUCCAUCUAUCUUUUCUGUUCUGUUUCUUCUUCUUCUUCUUCUUCUUCUUCUUUUCCAUCUAUCUUUUCUUUCUGUUUCUUCUUCUUCUUUUCCAUCUAUCUUUUCUUUCUGUUUCUUCUUCUUCUUCUUCUUCUUCUUCUUCUUCUCUAUUUAUUUUUUGCUUGCUCCUUCUUCUUUUCAUUUUCUCCCCCAUCUCCCUCUUCCCUCUUCUCUCUCUCUCUCUUUCUCUCUCUUUUAUCCCUAUCUCCUUCCCCGGAAACAAGCUCAUAAAAAAUUCUCCCCCUCAUUCCGGCCUCCACGCUCAUAAAUCGCUGGAAAUCAGGAGCCUCAAACCGUUUAGUUAA